AUGACAACCAUUAACACUCCAUUUUCAACUACUAAGCCUCCUUUCCCAACACCUCUGCUUUAUUCUACAGAUACUCUUACUUCACACGAACGCAAUCUCUUACUUAAUCCACCCUAUAUGCUCAACAUUUCCCCUGAUUCUCUUAUUAAUCCAAAACGCAAAAACCAAAAUUCAAAUCCUCCCAGACCGUCCAAUUGUUGGAUUAUUUUUCGCCAAAAUUUUGCAAUUGGAUUACGAUCUCAAUACCCUGAAAAUUCUUACAGUAUUCAAAAUGUUUCUAAAAUGGCUUCUGAAGAUUGGAAAAGUCAGCCAAUUUUAGUCAAACAGUACUUCGACACUCUUGCUAAAUUGGCUCUGCAGCGUCAUAAAGAAAUUUACUCUGGCUACAUUUACAGACCAAGAAGAGCGAGACAAAGCAGAAGAAAGAAUUGGUCCUUUAAAAUGAUGAACAAAGAUAAAUUUAUAGAACGUAUGACUAGUGAAAACAAUGCCGAUAAGAAAAAGAAAGAAGAAAGAAGGGCUGGUGAUAACUCUGCGCAACUAAACGCUAAUGAACGACUCCAAACUUUGGACGAAUCCGCUUGCUUUAUCGAAUAUGGGCCAGUCGACUACGGUCAUUCGCUUGGGCUGAACGUUAACGCAUCGAAUGAAUAUAUAUCAGUUGGAUACAGUCAAAGAGACGAGCAAGAUUCAUCAACUGAGUAUUGUGGACUAGUUCCAUAUAUUGAUGAGCACGACUCACUGGAUGGGAUUAGUGAAAGCUUGUACUUUGAUGAGUAUGGCACCGAUGUCACGAUCAACAGUGGUGACGUAACUGAGAUUAAUGAUACAUUUCGUUCGCUGUGCGGUAAUAAUGAUACGUCAGCCGUUGAAUAUUAUUAUCAAGAAAUCGUCGCAGGCUCGCUUGAAGACCUGUCAUUUCCUCCGAGCGACAGCAACUAG